AUGGAGGUGCUCCGCGCGCCCUCGCUGGCCGCCCUCGCGUGCGUGUCGGUCGUCCUCUGCGCGCUGUGGGACCGGACCCUCGCGGGCAUGCUGCGGGGGGCCGUGGCAGGCCGCGCCGUGACCGAGCCCCCGGAGGGCGCCGCCGGGGACCGCCCCCGGGGCCGCGCGGCGGGGGAGGCCGGCGAGGCUGCCGCCGCCGAGGCCGCGGGCCGAACAACGGGCGAGGAGGCUGCCAGCGCGGGCGCGCCGCGCGUGCCCGAGGAUGAGGACGCGCGCGCGAGAGCUCCCGCGUGGCUGGUGCUCGACGCGGCUGGCCCACAGGUCGCCGCGCACCUGGGCGUUCUGGACGCGUGGCGGGCGCGCGCCGCCUGCCGCCGCUUCGCGGCCUUCUUCCAGCAGGCCCCUCGCGAUGCCAUCCGCCGGCCGGUCGGCCAGCCGACUUGCGAUCCCUCGGCGGCCCUCGGCGGCCCUCGGAGCAUGAGCAUGAACCUGACGAUCCGUGACCACCGUCACGAGUGCAGCAUUGUAACCUGCAAGCGGAAGCAUUGCAAGGAGGAAGAUACUGAUUUUAGCGGCUUACACGAUUUGAAGGGCGGAUGGUCCCCGAACAAGGUGGAAGGCCAACCCACCGACGGCCAAACGAAACCUUGCCACUAA